AUGUCUCUACUCUGCCAUAACAAAGGCUGUGGGCAGCACUUUGACCCCAAUGCCAACCUUCCUGAUUCCUGUUGCCAUCACCCUGGGGUCCCAAUCUUCCAUGAUGCACUGAAGGGUUGGUCCUGCUGCCGGAAGCGAACUGUAGAUUUCUCUGACUUCUUAAACAUCAAGGGCUGUACUGUGGGACCACACUGUGCUGAGAAGCUCCCUGAGGCUCCUCAACCUGAGGUGCCUGCCACAAGCAGUUCACUUCAGGAGCAAAAACCUCUGAAUACGAUUCCAAAGUCAGCAGAGACUUUGCGUCGGGAGAGGCCCAAGUCAGAGUUGCCUCCAAAGCUGCUUCCACUAAAUAUAUCCCAAGCCCUGGAAAUGGCAUUGGAACAGAAGGAAUUAGACCAGGAACCUGGAGCAGGACUUGACAGUAGUCUGAUCCGGACUGGUUCCAGCUGCCAGAAUCCAGGAUGUGAUGCUGUUUACCAAGGCCCCGAGAGUGAUGCUACUCCAUGUACCUACCACCCAGGAGCACCUCGAUUCCAUGAGGGGAUGAAGUCUUGGAGCUGUUGUGGCAUCCAGACCCUGGAUUUUGGGGCAUUCCUGGCACAGCCAGGAUGCAGAGUUGGUAGGCAUGACUGGGGGAAGCAGCUGCCAGCGUCUUGCCGUCAUGAUUGGCACCAGACAGAUUCCUUAGUAGUGGUGACUGUAUAUGGCCAGAUUCCACUUCCUGCGUUCAACUGGGUGAAGGCCAGUCAAACUGAGCUCCAUAUCCACAUUGUCUUUGAUGGUAACCGUGUGUUCCAGGCACAGAUGAAGCUCUGGGGGGUCAUAAACGUGGAGCAGAGCUCUGUCUCCUUGAUGCCAUCUCGGGUUGAAAUCUCCUUGGUCAAGGCUGACCCAGGAUCCUGGGCCCAGCUGGAGCACCCCGAUGCACUAGCUGAGAAGGCUAAGGCAGGGGUUGGGUUAGAGAUGGAUGAGGAAGAAUCUGAGGAUUCAGAUGAUGAUCUGAGCUGGACAGAGGAGGAGGAAGAGGAGGAAGCAAUGGGGGAAUAG